AUGGGGUCAGUAGAGAAAAAACAAAGUGUUUUUGGUGAGAAAGUGUCAGUGAUGGAGGGAGAUUCUGUCACUCUUAACACUAAUGUUAGUGAAUUACGUGAAGAGGAUGACAUUCUGUGGCAUUUUGGAACUGACAACUCUCCCUUAGCUGAAAUCAGUAGAGAGAAACAAAUCUUUUCCAUAUAUGAUGAUGUACCAGAUGGGAGAUUCAGAGGCAGACUGAAGCUGGACCAUCAAACUGGAUCUCUGACCAUCACAAACAUUACAUAUGAGCACGCUGGGAUCUAUAAACUAGAGAUAAUUGGUGUGAAAUGGUCAUCAAAAACAUUCAGUGUUUCUGUCUAUGCUCGUCUACCUGUUCCUAACAUUACCAGUGUCUGUUCUUCAUCAUCAUCAGGAUCUUCACAUUGUUCAUUGUUGUGUUUAGUGGAUAAUGUGAGCCAUGCUACACUCUCUUGGUACAAAGGAAACAGUUUAUUGUCCAGCAUCAGUGUGUCUGACCUCAGCAUCAGUCUCUCUCUACCUCUGGAGGUGGGAUAUCAAGAUAAAAACACCUACAGCUGUCUGAUCAACAAUCCCAUUAGCAAUCAGACCACACAUCUGGACAUCACUCAACUCUGUCACACAUGUUCAGGUAAGGCAGUACUGAUAUUAACAUUUAUUUAUUGAGCUGAUCUCCAUCUACUGUUGUAGCCCAGAUUCAAUAAAUUACA